AAUUCCAUGCUUGUAUCAUCAACGGCACAAUCCCAUCCUAUGUGAGGGCAGUGAGGCCUUCAAACCGGGCCUGGUCACUGAAGCAAAACAUUCGUACAGUACUAGGGUAGGGUGUAGUCUAUACAGGACACUGGCUCCGUGGAUACAAUGCUUGGCUGUCUCGAGCUUAAAUGCACAGUGACCAUUACAGAAUAUCAACGCGGGUACCAUAUUGGACAUCGUGGAUAGAGAUUGUACAUCUAUCUUCCAUUUUCAGGUCACUUUUUAGUAGUUUGACGAUAGAAGCUAGGCUAUGAUUUGUAGAAGGUCGCAUGUUUUCGCCUUUACCGUAGUGUUCGGUGGCUGCUUGCUGUAUGUUGUUUUCUGUCUCGAGCUGAUGGGCAACCACAGGAAGCUAAACGACAUAGACGGCUUGAACUUACGCAGCAGGUUGACCGUUCCCAGACCUGCUGCUGGCGUUAGUGCAUCGUUGGCGGGGCACGCGGUGAUACCAAGCAGCAACAACUCAUGGUCUGCAAACAGUGCAUGCACCCAGGCCGAUAUUGAGAGACGAUCGGCCACAGUCGUGCUAACCACGACCAACGCUGGCUUCCUGGACGUGACGGAAAACAUGCUGGAGAGCAUCAAGCGGACCCGGGCCUGCCCCAACAUCACGGUCAUUGCCGAAGACGAGCCGUCUUAUCAACGCCUGACCCAGAGAAUCCAAUCCCAACCGGGACUCCACGUCCAGAGAACCCCCAUUGGCGUAACUGUAUCGAAGAGCCUAAAGCUACACUCGCGAAAGUACAAUCGACUUGUACGUCGUCGUCCGCGGUACAUUCUCGACCUCCUCAAGAAAGGCUACGAUGUCCUCUUCGUCGACUCAGAUACCUUUUGGUUUAAAGACCCAUUCAAAGACUUUCAAGAGAGCUUUGAUAUCGCUAUGCACAACGAUGACGUGAACAUAACGAUCUUCUGUGCCGGUUUUGCUUACUACCGACCAACGGAGAACACCUUGCGUUUCGUUACGGAAUGGUUGCGUUUGUUGGACAAGGAAAAACAACCAAAAACCGGUGAUCAAUCAACCAUGAACAAGUUAAUCUCGAGGAAGCUAAUCCCGAAGCUGAAAAUAAAGACACUUAAUGAGACCAACUACCCAGACGGAAGGAAGUAUUUUCUACAAGCUGGUUGGAGAGAGGCGCACAGUGACACGACCGUUUUGCAUCUGACUUUCAUUUUCGGCCACGAUGCCAAAGUGGCGAAACUGAAAGAAUUCGGUUUUUGGCUCAUAUGAACGCACGAUUAACUUAAGUGAAUAGGUAUUGAAACUUAACUAAACAUGUCACAGACGACACACACCCAAGUUUACGUUACAUACCUGAUGAUCUGUUGCACGGUACCCUGUGGGGACAUGAGCACAGUAGGGAACAAGAGAUUGCAUACGUCUCCACAGGGCAAUUUCUAAUACGUGUCCACAAGGUUAUCACCAUGAAAUACAUAUAUGAAUUUACUCAAAAA